AUGGAACGCAGUUCUAUUGACAGCCAACGGGUUUACAAGCAGGACCCACUAGCUCCUCCGUCCCUUCUCGCAUUCGAGAUCCCAAUGACCGAGACAGCCACUCUUACCGUCCAACACGGUCGAAAGCAGAUUCAAGCUAUUCUUGAUGGCCACGAUGAUCGCUUCAUUGUUCUCUUGACACCCACCUCCGAUUCAUUCCCAUUGCCCUUAUCUCAAGACUACACUGAGUUGAAGUCCCUUUGUUCAGCAUUUUCAAAAGAUCUUUUGAUUGUGCUUUACACGGAACUUGACUAUCUUGCAGUUCCGCACUCGAAUACGGGUAUACACAGCACCACUGAAGAUGUCACUACAUGCAAUAUCAACAAAUCACUACACGUUUUGCGUCAGCAUUUUCACAAAGCCUCAUCCUCAGGAAUACCAAUUGCUUGUGAUGUUAACGAUAACAUUGCUCAUAACUAUUUUGAUGAUCUUUUGUCGUUAGGUAUUAGCAACUCGAAGCUUGCCAGCUCUCAAUCCCACACAGCCCUCGUCUCUGGACUUCCUUUUCCAGUCGCAUUUUCCGUCAAUAAGAGCGACGAUCUCCUUCCGACUCUUGAGGCCAUUGAUUCGGCUUCGUCGGGCCAUCAAUAUUUGGGCAUUUCACAAGAGGGACUCAUUGCUAUUUCGAGAUCACGCGGGAAUAGCUAUGGGUUUGUCAAAUUGAACUCUAAUGAGCAUGAGCAUCCCGGAUCCUAUGGAACUUUACCUGGGAUGGAAAAUAAGAGAGGACGGCCUAAGGUCUUGUUGGAUUGUGCUGCGCAUGCUGAUAUCUAUAAAGGAGUCGCAUGCGUCAGAAAUGAGAUGGCUCGGGGUGACAAGUUAGUGAUUGGCACGACAAUGAAGAUCAGCAUCAAUGGUUCAUGUAAGGGUGAGGCAGCAGAAAGCCAAUUAAAGCCCGAGGAUGUAUACAAAGAGCUGUGCACUUAG